AUGCCAUUUAAACCACAGGACAAGGACGGGCCAACAAAGGAUUACGCUGUUUUAAGCACGUUGUCUAAGAACAUUAUUUUGCAGAACACCGGAUACACUACAUUGCGGAAAAUACAACAAAAUGUACCUCCAAAGAAAGUCAGCCCCUUGCAAGCCGAAGUGACAAAGAAAUCGUCUACUAAAGCCACUACGGUUGAACUCGUCGAAAAAACCGAAGAUGAAGACACUGCCGCGUCAUCAGAUACUGCUGAGGUCACACCCUGUGAUUUAGAUUGUACCAGCGCUGCCGUGACCGAUUCGGUGGAUCCCUAUAAAAUUACCACUCACAUGUCCAUAUCCGCGGACGUUGACGGUGCAAACACUGCUUUAAAGAACAGCGAUAGAAACACGCCCACCUUUGCAAGUGUUGAUCAAGAAACCACUGGUUUAAAUAGCAACUACGCAGGUCUAAUCCCAUCCGCGAGAAUGGACGAAGUAACCGCUAUGACAGGGAACUCCGCCAAGAUCCUGACCACUUCAGCGAAUACUCAUGCUGUGAAAAAUGUAAUGAAUACUGAUAAUUCGGGCAGUACUUACCCAGGCAGCGUGCUUGUGCAGGCCGACCUCGUUCCCGUCAAGACGCCCACCCUGGAGCUUGACCGCAGCGCCCUACUGGCGGCCAGGAGGGAACUCCGGGACAGGGUAAACCGGGGCACUGCCGUCGUGUCCGACCUGGACGGAAAUCGUCUCGCCGUCUUUACCACAAACACAAGGACCUUGCUGCCACCCGGAGGUCACCCAUACUCCCUGCCGUUGCUGUGCGCUGUGUCUGCCCUUUUCGUUGCCACGGCCCUUGUCAUUGCAGCGUCGGUCUGGGUGGCCAAGAAGCAUCUCACCCCGACGCCUGUUUCUCCCUCCAUAGAAGAGGGCGCCGGUCCCCGGCCGGAGAGCGCGUCCGAGUUCCUGGCGCUGGUGCCAGCCCGGCUGUUGAGCAGUCGGCUAACGGGACCGACCAGCGCGGCCACGCUGCAACUGCUCGAGCGGAAGGUACCGCGCAGGGAGCCCGUGCCGGAGCCGCCCGUCUACCUGCCGCCGCCCACGUCUACCCUGGUCGAAACCAGCGUCGAACCGAGCACAGCGAACGGUACCCUCGGAGGGUGGUCCACGUCACCGGAGACCGUGACACCAGGCACCACAGCCCACAGCUCUAGGGAAUGGCUCUCGACUCGAAGCACCAGCUUCCAGACAGAAAAGAGUUACUCGGAAGCAAGUCGUCCGGAAACCGUGGCCAAGUGACAAAGUCCGUCUUUGCUAUGUGGUGCCUACCAGAGCCAGUAAAUCAGCUAUACGCUUA